AUGGCGGAACAGACCAUUUACACGCAUUGUUACCUAUUUUUGGCACUUGGAACCAUCCUUCCUUGGCACAUUCCCGUUGCCGCGACGCGUUGGCCGUCGGUGUUGUGGAUGGUACCAGAGCUCUUUCCCAAGUCGUCCGCUGCCAAGUACACGGCAUGCGCGCAGUCGUCGCCACGUGUGACGCCGUAUUCCGGAUUGGGGCAGCUCUUGAGUGACAACGACGACGAGAGGCUUUCCACGCCACAUUCCCCCAACGACUCGUCUGCGGCGUCGCCAGUGUACUCGCGCAUCGUCUUGCAAAAGCACACACGAUCUACACACGCCUCCAGUACAAACCAAAGUGACACCGACGGCGCGCCGCUCUCCCAGCGGUCCUCGUCGACCACGUCGGACUACGUGAUCAAUAUCGACGGCUUGCACGCGCAGCACCCUGCUCUCCUCGAUCCGAGCGAACCCGCAACUCCCGAGUGUCUGGUCACGUGCCGCCGCAAAACAACAUUUGAAGCCCGCGUCCGUCUUUCGGCGCAUGCAAAACCCAUCUACGUCGGCCGGUAUAAAUCGGAGCAAGCCGCGCACGAUGCAUGUGGACGACUCCUCCGACAGCAGACGACGCCCCGACGAAGUGUCCCCAAGUCAAAGUAG